UCCGAAUCGAACCGAUUUGCACGAUGCAGCGGAGCGCUAGCGGUCGUCCAAGCAUGAUGGUCCCGGGCCGCAACUACGCCCAGCUCUCGGACCGUGGCGAGGACCUGCCAAUCCCAGUGCUAGCGCCUCCGACGACCGCUCUCCCGAUCGCGGCCCGGAAGCGCGAGAUCCUCUACGCGGUCGAGACGUCCUCGGUCGUGAUCCUCGCGGGCGAGACAGGCAGCGGCAAGACGACGCAGACGCCGCAGUACCUCCACCGCGCCCGCUUUGGCCGCAUCGUGGUGACGCAGCCGCGGCGCAUUGCGGCCAUCACGAUUGCGGAGCGCGUUGCGCAGGAGAUGGGCGUCCGGCUCGGUGGCGAGGUCGGGUACGCGGUCCGCUUUGAGGAAAAGUGGGACGAAGAUCGGACCAUGAUCAAGUUUUGCACGGACGGGAUGCUCGUGCGGGAGACCAUGUCCGACCCGCUUCUCUCGCGCUACGACGUCAUCAUGCUCGACGAGGCCCACGAGCGCAACCUCGAGACGGACAUUUUGCUCGGGCUCAUCAAGAAGGUGCUGCGGAAGCGCCCCGAGCUGCGCGUGAUUGUCGCCUCCGCCACGCUCAACAUUGACGCGUUUGUGCGCUAUUUUACAUGCAAGAAGCGCGAAGCCGAAACCAAGUUGCGCAGCGCCGUCGCCAUCUCGGUCGAGGGGCGUCAGUACCCCGUCGACGUCCACUACUUGGACAAGCCGACGGGCAACUACCUCCAGAAAGCCAUCGACACCAUCCUCGAGAUCCACAGCACCGAGCCACCGGGAGAUAUCUUGGUCUUCUUGCCCGGGCAAGAAGAAAUCGAGUACGUCGUCGAGCGCUUGAGCCAGUCGACACCACCGACGCUGCUGCCCAUGGCGUUUUACGGGUCCCUGCCCGUCCACGUGCAGCAAGCUGUGUUUGAACCGACCCGGCCCCACGAGCGCAAGGCCAUCAUUGCAACGACGAUCGCCGAGACGUCCGUGACAAUUCCUGGCGUUGUCUACGUGAUCGAUUCGUGCUUCGUGAAGCUGCCUUUCUUCAACCCGCUCACGGGUGUCGAAGCGCUCGUGACGACUGUCGAGUCCAAGGCGGCGGCCAAGCAGCGCAUGGGCCGCGCCGGCCGCGUUCGCCCGGGCAAGUGCUACCGCCUCGUGACGCAGGACCACUACAAGACGGCGUUUCCCAAGUACACGAUUCCGCAGAUCCAGCGCGUCAACCUCGCACCGAUCGUGCUCCAUUUGCUCAGCAUGGGCAUCCACGAUAUCGUGCAUUUCGACUUUAUCUCGCCGCCGUCGGCCGAAGCGCUCGUGCGCGCACUCGAAGUCUUGUACUCGCUGGGCGCGAUCGGGAACGACUGCCGCCUCAUCGAGCCGCUGGGCUCACACAUGGCCGAGUUUCCCGUCGACCCGUUCUUGUCGCGCAUGCUUCUUGCGUCCUUUGACUUCAAGUGCACGGAAGAAGCGCUGAGCGUUGCGAGCAUGCUUUCGGUGGAAGACGUCUUCCUCAACCCCCGAGGCUCGAAAGAGCGCAAGGCCAAGGUGGCCGAGUGCAUUGCCGAAUUCGCCCACGCCCAAGGCGAUCACUGGACGUACCUCAAGAUUUACACCGAGUUUAUUGAAAACGACAUGACGCGGCAGUGGUGCGACGAGCACUGCCUCAACUAUCGUAUCCUGGUGCGCGCCAUGGAGAUCCGCAAGCAGCUCUUACGCUAUGUCAAGCGAUUUGGCUCGGACGAGAAGCGCAUCUUGAGCUGCGGCGCCAACCCCGAGCCGCUGCUGCAGUGCGUUGUCGCAGGCUAUUUCGCCAACGCGGCCAAGCUGCACGGCAGCGCCACAUACCGGACGAUCAAGGACGGACGCAUUGUGCAUGUCCACCCAACGUCGGUGCACAACUCGUUCCUCAAGUCGCCCGAGUGGAUCAUAUACCACCAGAGCGUUCUCACGACGCAAGAGUACAUUCGCGAAAUCUCGGCGAUCAACCCGCGCUGGCUCUUGGCGGCGGCACCUGACUUUUACCACUGUCGCGACGUCAGCGCUGUCGUCUCGGGGAGCUCGGGGGACGUCGGUCUCCCAAAGGCCAAGCCACCGGCGCCCGCGCCGCCCGCCACGGAUGCCAACGGUCGCAUUCUCUUUCGGCGUCCGACGGAAACCACGAAGAAGAAGCUGCCCGUGCACAUUGGCAAGAGCAAGGGCGGUCUUCGAAGCCAGUUCUAGAAACGAAACGAAUGCAGUCUCUUCGUUUGCCACGUCA